UAUUUGGGCCUGUGCAGCCCAUCAUGAAGUUUAAAAGUAUGGAGGAAGUCAUCCAGAGAGCCAACAGCACAGAGUACGGGCUCACGGCAGCCGUCUUUACCAAGAGCUUGGAUACAGCACUGGCAUUAGCAUCCGCAUUGCAGUCUGGAACUGUCUGGAUUAACUGUUACAAUUCCCUCUUUGCACAAGCUCCAUUUGGUGGUUUCAAAAUGUCGGGUAAUGGCCGAGAACUCGGCGAAUACGCUCUGAGUGAAUACACCGAAGUGAAGACCAUCACCAUUAAGCUCUCGCAGAAGACGCACUGAGUGAGAGAUGCCCAGAGACCGAAAACUGACACUCUGAAUGUUGAUAUCUAUAGUGACU